UUCGAAUAGGCGUCUGCAUUUCUGCUGUCGCUAGUUUUUGGCUGUUUUUGGUGAUGUCAGCUGUGAGGGUUCAUCCAUUUGGUGUGGAUUCGGAUUUAUUGUCACGAUGCAACCAUUAGAUGUGUCAUGCAGGGUACCCUUUGGGAAUAUAAACUAAGGGCACUCUCCAAAUUAACUGCUCUUUCAAACUUUAACGAGACCUAACAUAUUAUCUGCACUCCAACUUUCUAAAUGACCGAGCUCAGUACAAUCGUUCAGUGUGCAGUUCCCGUGGGUUAAUCGAAUUUGUGAGUAUGUUGCAGAGAUUGUGUACUUCACCGAAAAGCAGCCGUUCCAAAAAACUUUAUUCUUCGCAGACCUGCGCAUCUCAAAUGGGAAAAAAUGCGAAGUCAGGCAGCUAUCCGGAUUAUCCUGGCUACCCUCGCAUAUGUCCGAAGUCAUCAAAGGUCAGACAUCGCAGGAAACGUUCGACCGCCGUGAGAAAGAAUCGACGUCUAUCGGGAUGCCCAAUACUGAAACCACAAACUCAAGGCAACUCCGAGCCUCAUGACGACCCGGGCUAUGUCCGUGCUUCCCACCCGCCUCCACGGUUGCGAGCCAAGACAGUUGGUCAUAGGUCGGAUCUUCGUGUUCCAUGUGCCCCAGUUUCAUCCAGUCCUCAUCCCAAAUGUCUCCCGGUACACUGUGAUCCAUCACAUCACAACCUCAGAACGACUCACUGUACAACAGUAACUAACAUCCCUUCCAUUCCGAUCCCAACAGAGGCAGCCCUCGGGUCAGAUUCACUCACCAUCUCCGACUCGUUUCCCCCUUCUAAUCCUGUUCCAACUCAUCUCCAUCCUUAUAUGAACCAUAUUCCUGUAUCGAAUAACUCUGAUCCGGUGGUAGUAGACGAGAAUUUUCAAGCAUCUUCCCACCCGACCGCACUCGAUUGCCUAGAAAUUCCAUCGAAGUCUGCAUCGCGUGACUGCUGCGAGCAUCAUACGAAUGGAGGUGAUGAGGGUGUAAUGCAUGAACAAGAUCAGUUAAGUGAAACGUCUUCAACUAGUCACAACGAACUGGCUGCCGAGAUUUCAGCGAUCGAGGAGGAGGAAACAGAUGACUUUGAUGAGUCAGAUGCCUACGCGUUCAUACACAGUCUGCCGCCAGUUUCGCCGGAAUUGAGUUAUCAGCUCCCUGCAUUACCAAAGCGAACCCGUUCGGCGCCAGAGUUUUGCCUGGUUCUUGAUUUGGACGAAACUCUUGUUCAUUGCAGCCUAACACCGUUACCGGAUGCCCAGUUCAUAUUUCAAGUUGUGUUUCAAGGAGUCGUUUAUAUGGUCUAUGUACGCAUACGUCCUCAUCUGUACGAGUUUCUGUCACGCGUUUCCGAACGCUUUGAAGUAGUUCUAUUCACUGCAAGCACCAAAGUCUACGCGGAUCGUCUGGUCAACUUGAUCGAUCCGAAGAAAAAGUGGAUAAAACACAGGCUCUUCCGUGAACAUUGUGUGUGCGUGAACGGAAAUUAUGUUAAGGACCUUCGAGUGUUGGGAAGGGAUUUGCGCAAGACCGUCAUCGUGGAUAACUCCCCCCAAGCAUUCGGCUAUCAGCUUGAUAACGGGGUACCAAUCGAAAGCUGGUUCGUCGAUUCAAACGAUCGGGAACUAUUGAAUCUUCUGCCCUUCCUUUUCGAAGUUUCAAAGGCGUUGUUUUGUCCCCAAACUGAACGAAAUGUCAUUCUUGUGUGUUCUUGUGAGGGUGGUGGGUAUUGCGUGGACGGCAAAUUUAUGAGUUGA